AUCAGAUGCUCAAACACAGGAGUCCACAGAGGGAGGAAGACCAGCGACAAAUACUGAUAAGAUAUGGCAGUAAACUCUUCCAAUGAUUCCAUCCAUCAUCCUGACAUUCCUAUCGGCACACGUUGCUUUAUGACCAGACCAAGCUCCUUCAUCUUCUUCGCAUACAGCAUCACCAACAUCCUCCUCCUCCUCCCUGUCUGCAUCCUCGUCCUCUACCUGGGUCUCCAACGAUGGCGGCGACAUCGCUCCACCUCCGCAACAGCAACGACGAGUCACUCAGACAGCUUCACCUACCACAUGGUCACCAUGGAGCUGUUGGGUGUAUUCGGGUACACCCUCUGCUGCUGUGGUAUCUACGGGGAUCAUGUUAAUUUAUUUUUUGUGGGGUUCUUUCUUUGGAGCUUCAAUUGGUACGGAGAGAUUUUCUUUCACAUCCUGACCUGUGUGGAGCGCUACCUGGCUGUCGUUCAUCCCGUCACCUACCUGAGUCUGAGAGGAGAGAGAGGGAUCAGAAUCAGAAAUAUCAGCAUUGGCUGUGUUUGGCUGCUUUCCUCUGGAGCAACAGGUCUGAGUUUUGACACUGUAUUGUUAGUCAUGGAUUUUAGCCUCUUGAUUGUCUCCUUGUUCAUCAUUUCCUUCUGCAGUCUUUCUGUUCUCUGCGUUCUGAUUCGUCCAGGGCCAGGGGAACAGGGCGGGGACAGGGAAAGAGUUGACCAAUCAAAGCAGAGGGCUUUCUACACCAUCAUGGCCAUACUGGUAGUGUUGUUGUUAACAUGCUCUGGGAAUCUGGUUGAGCUUUAUCUUUGUGUGUUAAGUGAAGAUAUCGAGUGUGUGCUGGCAAUGUCUUUAUUCUGGUUUAAUCUCCCCAGCAGUCUGGUGUUACCUCUGCUGUUUCUACACAGAGCAGGAAUAUUAGCAUGUCGUAAGAACAACACCUAAUGAGGAUCAGGAUCAGAUUUGCAUUAAAUCACUCCAGAUUCAAGCAAACUAAUGCCUAUUUAAACAUCUUCUGGUUUGAUCUCCACCUGCUGCUGAGAAACAUAUCUUGCUCUCUAGCUGCUCCAGAUUCUUCACCGGCUCGUCUCUAACUGCCGGUCUGCUGGGUUAGGGUUAGUUUGUCCAA